UGCUUUGUAGUGCUUUAGCCUGCUGAGAGCUUAAAAGUUAAAGGUUGUUACUGACAGCAGCUACAUCUAAGUGUUUGUUCAUUUUCCUUUUGACUGAAUAGUUGCUGAUUUGAUCUUGGAGACGUUUCUCCUCACAUCAGCUUCAGAUCUAAAGAAUGAUUUGUGAGUAGGUGUUGCGCUGACCUUAGAGGUGUGGCUGCCCCUCUCUAUUUUUCCUCAUCCUUUCUCUACAUGCUGACUCCGUUGCGCGUUGCCAGCGCGUGACCGCAGAUGGAACCUGCGUGCGCUCCGCCGCGCGCCUCGCCAGGUGAGCAGAAUUGAGGCAAUUAAGAGCUUGUGCUCGGGGGAAAUGAAGUACAGCCAAAAUGUCUGCAACAAGCUUUUGCCCAGCGCGCGGCAGACUGAGAGGAGUGCAGAGCGAACACAAAUGGGUACACUGUGAGGAGAAAGACUUUGAUCUUGACGGGCUGUCGGUAAGCUCUUGGAUUCACGUCUUUAUAUGGACUCUUUAUCCGUCUGGGUGUGAAUGGAAUUUACUGAGAGGAAGUGUGUUAACGUCUGGAGUGCCAGAAAUGACUGCAGGAAUAAUAGUAAAUUAAAUUAAAGCAAGUUAAGGCAGAAAACAGAUGUAUUGAUGUAUUUAAUUAUUUGUCUGGUAAAAUCAGUCUUUUUUCAUCCUUGCUUCAUUGUGAAAUGAUUCAUCUCUGAAUUAGCAGCCAGUACUUGUAAAAGCAGAUAGAAUAGUACUUGUCUAAAACUAGACGCCCAACUGAAGGUUACUAAAGAUGCUGGUGUGUUCUCCUUGCUCUGUAUUACCUGUAACAGCAUUGAAGUUUAUCUGCAUGAUUUAGUUACACGUUUAUUUUUGUUAUUUAAAGGUUUUCCACCUGACUGGUUCCUGAACCCGGACUGAUCUCGGUACUGGUCAAAUAAAUUGUUCUGAGUGAAAUCCAAAGUCUGCUCUUUCCAAGUGUCGGCACCUCACAGUGGAAGAAAACACUUGACAAUGUUCAACAGCUGGUGCUGGUUAAAGAAGAAGAUCCUGAAGAACAGAGUGCUGGUGUGGACCAGCAGGACCCAGAACACCUCCACAUAAAGGAGGAACAGGAGGAGCUCUGGACCAGUCUGGAGGGAGAGCAUCUCUGUUUGAAGGAGGAGACUGAAGCUGUCGGGUCUCCUGUUACUGCUGUUUCUAUAAAGAGUGAGGAUGAUGAAGAGAAACCUCUGGUCUCACAGCUUCAUCAGCAGCAAAUAGAAGACAGAGAUGUUCCAACCAGCAGCUCAGCUGACCAGAUGGCAGCAGAAACUGGUGGAGGAGCAGGAACUAGCAGGAACCCAGAUCUGAACCCUCAUGAACAAGCAUCUGAUUCUUCAGAGACUGAAGUUAGUGGAGAUGAAGAUGAUGAUGAUGUGAAUCUGGACUCUGAGCUGUCAGACUCUGGGUCUGAAACUGGAGAUGAAGAUGAUGACUGGAAUGAGAGCAGGUCUUCUGAGUCAGAUGAUUCAAGGAAUAGAGGGGAGAUGGAUGAGAAACCUCUGCUCUUACAUUUCCACAACCAUCAAAUGAAAGACGGAGGUGUCCCAACCAGCAGCUUGGCUGGGCUGAUGACAGCAAAAGUUGGUGGAGGAGCAGAAACUAGCAAGAACCUAGAUCUGGACCCUAAUGAAAAUACAUCAGAUUCUUCAGAGAUUGAAGUUGGUGGAGAAGAUGAAGAUGAUUUGAAUCUAGACUCUGAGCGUUCAUACUCUGGACCUGAAACUGGAAACAGAGACCAUGGCUGUAAUGAGAACAAGUCUUCGGAGUCAGAUAUUAAGACAGUCAACAAAUCAUUUAGCUGCCCUGUGUGUGGUAUACAGUUCCUCCACAAGUGGUCUCUUCAGAAACAUGUGAGAGUGACAAGUCAUUCAGCAGUAAAGUCUUCAGAGUGUUCGGUUACUACAAAAUGUGUGAAAGAGAAGCAACAUGGAGGCUCAUGCAGAAAAGUCCAGAAACAACCGAAAUCAUUUAGUUGUGAUGCCUGUGGGAAAAGAUUUAGCCAAAAGCCCAGUUUAACUCAUCAUAUGAAAGGCCACACCGGGCAGAAGCCUAUUGCGUGUGACCUCUGUGGACAAAGAUUUGGCCAUAAAAAAAGUUUAAACACACACAUAAGAGUCCACACAGGAGAUAAGCCUUUUGCCUGUGAGCUCUGUGGAUACAGAUGUACCCAAAAGGCAAAUUUAAACAAUCACAUGAAAGUCCACACAGGAGAGAAGCCUUUUGCUUGUGAGCUCUGUGGUCAAAGAUUUAGCCACAAAAAUAGUUUAAACGUCCACAUGAGAGUCCACACAGGAGAGAAACCUUUUGCCUGUGAGCUCUGUGGUCAAAGAUUUAACCGUAAAGAUCAUUUAAACGGCCACAUGAAAGUCCACACAGGAGAGAAACCUUUUGCCUGUGAGCUCUGUGGAAAAAGAUUUAGCCAUAAAAAUAAUUUAAACAAACACAUGAGAGUCCACACAGGAGACAAACCUUUUGCCUGUGAGCUCUGUGGAUACAGAUGUACCCAAAAGGCAAAUUUAAACGAUCACAUGAAAGUCCACACAGGAGAGAAACCUUUUGCCUGUGAGCUCUGUGGACAAAGAUUUAGCCAUAAAAAUAAUUUAAACGAUCACAUGAAAGUCCACACAGGAGAGAAGCCUUUUGCUUGUGAGCUUUGUGGUCAAAGAUUUAGCCAUAAAAAUAGUUUAAAUGUCCAUAUGAAAGUCCACACAGGGGAGAAACCUUUUGCCUGUGAGCUCUGUGGUCAAAGAUUUAGGCGUAAAGAUCAUUUAAACGACCACAUGAAAGUCCACACAGGAGAGAAACCUUUUGCCUGUGAGCUCUGUGGACAAAGAUGCAGCCAUAAAAAUAAUUUAAACAAACACAUGAGAGUCCACACAGGAGAGAAACCUUUUGCCUGUGAGCUCUGUGGACAAAGAUUUAGCCGAAAACAUAGUUUAAACGACCACAUGAGAGUCCAUACAAGAGAGAAACCUUUUGCCUGUGAGCUCUGUGGAUACAGAUGUACCCAAAAGGCAAAUUUAAAUGAUCACAUGAAAGUCCACACAGGAGAGAAGCCUUUUGCCUGUGAGCUCUGUGGUCAAAGAUUUAGCCAUAAAAAUAAUUUAAACAAACACAUGAGAGUCCACACAGGAGAGAAACCUUUUGCCUGUGAGCUCUGUGGUCAAAGAUUUAGCCGUAAAGAUCAUUUAAACGACCACAUGAAAAUCCACACAGGAGAGAAGCCUUUUGCCUGUGAGCUCUAUAGAUAAAGA